UGGUGGGAAGCUUUCACGACGCAACUUCGGAUUCUGUCUGUCGCCAAGCACGCGUACAUCGGCGCCCUGUUCAUGAACUCAAAGGGCGGAUGCCAGAUCUGGUUAACCCACCUGGCAGCCACCCACGGCGUCGACGUCGCAGAUCUGAGAGACAAGAUCACAUGGGAAGAGUUAACACGGUUGUGGAAGAAGCGGUUCAUCGUCGACGACGCACCAGCACUCGCCAUCAACCGUCUCUUCACCAUGACUCAAGGCAACAUAGCCACACGUGACUGGCUCACGGAAUGGCAGAAGAUCGCGGCAACGCCCGAUCUUGACUUACCAUUUCCGCAUCUGCGCCGUGAGUUCUACAACAGGUCAUGCGCUGCAUUGAGCCAGGCACUUGGUGAUCGCGAGCAGUAUGCAACUUUCGCCGAGAUUAUUGACAAGGCGAGAGAGAUCAUCAAGACCAAUAGGUCGGCUGCACACGAGAGGUCAACAUGGCAGUUGACCUAUGUGGAGAACGUGAAAACUGGUCCGCGACAGCAGCAGUUCGCUGCAGUCCAAUCGGACAACACUGUGGAAGAUCCGGCAGCCACCCAAGCGUCACGUGAGGGAGAUCAGGUGGCUGCUGUCCAGCCGCGAAGCAACAUCAAGUACCUCGAAGAUGGAGCUGGAGCGAUGGCGCCACAGAUAACGAUGAUGAUGAUCAGGCAUAAGAGAGGAGCGGAAAGCGGAGAAGAGGAGGAUGGAGGCAGGAAUAGGCCGGAGCAAGGAGUAGCGGGAAGAGCAGCGGGAGUGGCCAGGACGAUGAGGAGGAGACGGAGGCGAAGAGAGGAGCGGGAAUGGCAAGAGGAGCGGGAGAGGGAGGAAGAGGACGAYGAGGAGGASGAGGCACUGCAGGAAAUGGGUCGUUGGCUUAGAGAACAAGCUGCCAUGUAUGCAAUGACACGAGGGAGACAAGUGCAGGCUACACCUCCUGUGCAAGAAAAGUGGAGAGAAAAGUGUGGCCAUGCAGCUAAUCUGUUUUUGGACCUGGAGGUGGACUCACUAUCAGAGCGUGACAUGAUCUUGCUGAGCAAUAUUGUGGAGACGUCAUCCGCUGUGACUGACCCAUCCAUACGGCCACAUUUAGAGAAGUUGGUGAACCUCAUCGGCGUGGUCCACCACUACAUUUUAGUCCAAGGUCGCGGAGACGUGGAUCCUAACUCCGAGUGUUACAGCCCUCUGGCCCCCAGACGAUGCCAUGGAAUGACACAGAGUGGAAAUCGCUGCAAACUCACAGAGGAGUCAGUUUACAAGUUGCAUGGAAGGUGUGCAGCAGCAGCUGUGCCACUUGCGAGAGAGGAAAAGUUCUGCUCCUUCCAUCAAAACCAGGGGCUCAGGAUGCCACUAUGAUCUUUGCCUGUCAGUGUGAACAGCGCUUGGGUGAAUUGGCAGGUUUUUUUUGUUUUUUUUUUGUUAACACAGGCUGUCUUCUUCUCAUCGGGGGACAGUUGCAUGUACUAUUCUAUCUUCUUCUCUCAUCAUGUUUAACCGCACAGUAUGUAAUAUACACUAGGCCAAGGAGACACUUCUAAGGGUUAUGGGUCUACCAGACACUACCUGCUUUGCAGAACCACCUCUACUCUAUGCGGAGAGCAGUAUCCUAGCUCCUAAAACCUGGCGCCGGCUUGAAAGUGCCUAAAUCGCUUCCACAACCAGCCAGGAGGCCCAAGCCAACCAACUCCGCUGGUGAACCCGAAACAUACCCCAGGAGGCCGCCGGGGAUGGAAAGGACGACGUUGGGUACCCAACCCACGACCUCCUGAGCGCCACUUGCGUGCUCAACCAACUGAGCUAGCCCGCUCGGGCAGGUAAAUCGGCAGGGUUAGAUUGUGAGGAGUCAGAAAAGUAUGAGCCUCCGUGUAAUGAUUGCAGUGCAAGGCGUACAUGGGAAAGAGAUGUUCCUGGUCGCCCACUCAGCUAAGCCAUUGAAUCCAACUCAAAGAGAAAAAUCUCAGGGCUCAGCCAGCACUGAUCCGACAGUCUUCAGGAAGGUAAGAAAACUUUGAGCUUUUCAGAACGAGAAGAGUUAUCCAAUUGUCAAGAGACUGGGCUUUGCUAAAAGCGGAGAACACAUUAUAUGCUCACUGUUAAAAAGCGGGUCAUCACACAAUCCAGAGAACAGGCAUUGUGUGCUGUCAGACAUCCAAGGAAAUGGCUGCUGGCCUCUCUUGAAGAUACAGCACACUGGCCUGGCCUGGCGUUGUAUGGUCUUGUCAGCACUGGUGCCCAAUCCGCCCUAGUGAGAUGAACUGUUUCAUGUUGGGUUGAUUUGACUGAAACCAAUGCAAUUGGAUCCGACGGCGCCAGAGCUGCUCUGUACUUUUCCAAACAUAUCAUAGCCUUUGCAAUCCAAUCCCAAGAAGAAUAUAGUACAACAACAUUAGCAGUGACCAGAUCUUCUUUUUUUUUUUUGAAGAAUUUAAUUGUGUACUAGUAAUGAUGGAAAUCGGGUCCAGUGUCCGUUACAUCAAACAUACUCACUCAAUGCUUCUCCCUGUUAUGGUCGGGAGAUCCUGAGAGAGCGGCAUUGACGACUACCCAUUUGGGAGUAUUUACCACUGGUCUAUGCCUUUUUCCACG